ACUACUGCGCCUGCUCUGCUCUCACGUCCCAUUCCCAUACCGUACAAAACCCAUUCCCUUGCAAUUGAAAAGCCCCGCUCACGCUUCUCACAGACACUCAUAUGACUGAACCAAACAAACAAAAGAUGAGAUGGAUCAUGGGAUCAUUAUACCGACGAAAAUCGAUCGAAAAAAAUCAAAAUAGUACGAUAAGACACGACAAAGACGGGGGGUGAGAAGCGGUAAAAGUAACUACAGAGGAAUCGUGGCCGUCGUGGUGGUGAUGGGUUUGGGCUUUCCGCCGUUAGAAUCUCUCUCAUACCUUUGCCUCUUCCUCCCAGUUUCCCCACUCGCAACGCAUUAGAGAGAAUCAUUAGAGAGAGAGAGAGAGGUGUUCCCUCUGUACUUUUGGAAUUGUGUGUACCUUUCUGAGUUCUUUAUAUGUUAUUAAGCAUUUCUACGAAGUAUUUGGGUUUUCUUUAGCGGGAUUGUUGUGGUUUUAUACUACAACACUCAAUCUCUUGCUUCGCCUAAUCAUAUAGGAGGAAGGAAACGAGUGCUGCUUUCUUCGCUUGCAGAAGAUUCCAUUCCUAUUCUUGUAAGCGUCUCUCAUUGAGUCCCUCGUCGAAUUUUCCUCAUCUCUCUCUCUCUCUCUCUCUCUCUCUCAUAAUUAAUGUAUGAUGUAUCUCUACGUCAAUCAUUUUGGAGCUGUUUUGUUUUAAGCGUGCUCUUUAAUUCAUCAAGAUGACACCUUUUACAAAACGGCUUUCUUCCCCAUUCCCUCUAUGUCUGCAUUUUGAAGCCCUUGGAGUUUGUGUCUUGGUAUGGGUUUCGCUGCCACCUCCGUGUUUUUUGAAGUCAAACAUUGGGUUGAUUAUAUUCUUUUCGACAUUUCAGUGUGGUCCGUUAACAGUGUGACUUCUUUGAAGUAGCAUUCCUUAUUUGGGUUUGCUCUCAUUUUCAUCUUUCGCUCCUUUUUUUCUUGAAAUCUUUGUCACUUGUGCUUUCUGUUGUUUUUAAAUUUUAAGCUCUCGAUUGAAAGCUUCAGCCUUCUGUAUUGCUCUUUUGACGGGUGACCACAAAUCCCUUUCUUGAUUUCUUCUAAUUCUUCUGUACUCUGUACUGUCUACUUGUAAGUUGUAUGGGUUAUGAUUUCUGCCGUUACUAGUUGGGUUCUCGAUGUUUCGAACUCUGAUGGUUACCUGCUUAUUUUUUUUUUUAAUUAAUUAGUGAUUCUAACUAUCGUACGGUUGCUUUCAAACUACAGGAAGUCUAAAGAUACUAACGGGAAUCGAUGCUCUAAUUCUACGUUGUUUCAGUUCUAAAUAAUAAUUGAUUGGAUCGACUGAAUGCCAAAUAAUGGGAAAGUGUAUGCUUUCAUAGUCUUAUGAUUUCUUCCAUUUUCUCUUGCAGCAUUUAGAGGAACCAUCUUCUUGUUUUCCUUACUUUUCAUUUGGCAACAAGGUUUUGUUCCGGGCUCGCAUCAUGCCUUUUUGUAAUGUAGAUAUUUUCAUAUCGUUUCUCUGGUUUCCUAUAUCCUAAUUAGUUUCAUAUUAUCACGCAGUGAGAACUGUUGGACUUAAUUUCAUAGACUUCAGUGAAAAAUAAAUAGACUGCAAUCAGGUUUUGUUAGGAUUUUUAACUUAAAUUUCUUUUUUAUUUUUUGAAUUCAAAUUCUUUGCUAAUUUGAAGGAUGGAGGAUCAUUUUGUGUUGCUGGUGGAUCGGUUACUCACUGAAUCUACUCUUCAAGCUGCUAUUGAGAGCAAAUACUGGGGGCAGCAAACCGCACCCUCAACAAGCAAAGAUUUGUUGAGUUCUUCCUAUAGGAUGGAUGUCAAUAGUAGUUUCUCACCAAGUAAAUUGGUAGAGUGUAGGAUCUGCCACGAUGAGGAUGAGGAGUCCAACAUGGAGACGCCUUGUUCUUGCUGUGGCAGCUUGAAGCAUGCACACCGCAAAUGUGUGCAAAGGUGGUGCAAUGUGAAGGGAGACAACAUCUGUGAGAUUUGCCUCCAGCAAUAUAAGCCGGGUUAUACAGCACCUCCUCCACUGUUUCACUAUGGUGGUAUUCCAAUUAACUUCAGUGGAAAUUGGGAAAUGUCUAGAAGGGACCUGCACAACUCUCAAUUUAUGCCAAUGGUUGCUACUGAUAGUGAAAUUUUAGACGCUGACUUUGAUGAAUAUUCAGCUCCCACUUCAAGAAGCCUGCUUUGCUGCCGAGUAAUCGCUAUAAUUUUUAUGGUUCUUCUGCUUUUACGACAUACUCUACCAUUCAUAAUCAGUGGAGCUGGAGAAUACUCAUUGACAUUGUUGACGCUACUGAUGUUGAGGACCAUUGGGAUUCUUUUGCCCAUCUAUAUCAUGUUUAGAGCAUUCACUGCUAUCCAGCGUCGACGACAUCAUCAGGAUUCUCAGUCCAUUGCCACAUCAGAUGGGACAAACAACUUACCUCAGCAUCAAUCACGUUUUAUUCGUGUGCUGUAGUUACUGUAGGUUCCUAUCAUGCUUGAAGAAAUCGGAAAGAACUCAUGUGAGAAGAAUGGCGGCCUUGUGGACUGUGAUACGAAGGAAAUCAACAUUUUGUGGACUGUGAUAGGGAGGAACUCAACCUUCCCCUCCUCCAGCUUUGGAACCCAUGCAGGUUGAAGCAAGUUGGGGCGGGAGAUGCUCAAAAUGAUAGGCCUAAUUGUGCCACUUUUUCCUGGAAGAAGCCUUCUAACAAAGUACACCUAUCAUGAUAUAUGAGAGCUAUGCAUACAAAGUAUAGUUAAAGGGACAAUGUACUGUAUAUAUGAAUUGCUACUUAAACAAAAUGGGCAAGCCAAAGUUAAUGUUGCA